UUUGCUUGUUUGAAGGACGGAGACAUAACAGCAUUUAAGGAAAUAAAGCAAGAAUCUUCUCCUUUCUGGAACAGUGCCAUUGAGUGGCUUGAACAUGAAUCCUGAGUAUGACUACCUGUUCAAGCUGCUGCUGAUUGGAGACUCCGGAGUGGGAAAGUCAUGUUUACUGCUGCGUUUUGCGGAUGACACUUAUACUGAAAGCUAUAUCAGCACUAUCGGGGUUGACUUCAAAAUCAGGACUAUUGAGAUGGACGGGAAGAUAGUUAAACUGCAAAUUUGGGAUACAGCUGGUCAGGAGAGGUUUCGAACUAUAACUUCCAGCUAUUACAGAGGUGCCCAUGGUAUUAUCAUCGUGUAUGAUGUUACUGACCAGGAGUCCUUCAAUAACGUGAAGCAGUGGUUGGAGGAGAUUGAUCGCUAUGCUUGUGAAAAUGUCUCAAAGCUGCUGGUGGGGAACAAAAGUGAUUUAACUUCAAAAAAGGUGGUGGACUUCACCACAGCAAAGGAAUUUGCUGAGCCACUUAAAAUCCCAUUUCUUGAGACAAGUGCAAAGAAUGCAAGCAAUGUGGAGAAAGCCUUUUUGACAAUGGCCUCUGAAAUUCAGAAGCGACUUGGGGCAGACAGUGUUCAGAAUGAGACUGUUAAAGUGGGAGCCAAAAUAAACAGCGCUCCCCUGUGGCCUGGAGGACAGAGCGGGACAGCUGAGGAGGUCAGCACCUGUUGUUAGUGCUCACAGGGUCUUCCAAUGUUAACAAUGAAUAUUUUGUGAACCAAUAUAUUUUACAGUUUAUACUGAUGAACGGUGGCCUUACUGACCCAUGAGCAGAGUUCUGUGUGAUUUAUUACUAUGUUUUGCUUCUUCACUGUUAUGUUUAAUUUUGAAGGCCCUACACAUCAGAUUAAACAAGUAAUGGUGCUUUUGUCUCCAAAUCCUGCCAGUGGUGUUUAUUAUAUAAGCCAAAUUAUGUGUGAGCAAAAGUUUGAGCUCUUAUCAUCACCCUUGUCAAUAUAAACUUGCGGUUCUGUGGGAAUAAGUGCAGACUGCACAGUCUGGAAACAACAACAUUGCUGGUAAUGUAGGUCAAUGACAAUCAGUUAUGACUAAAUGAUUAUAGCAAUCAUUAAAUUGAUUUAAAGUAUAAAUAUCUUACGUGUAGGACCUUCAGCUAUUUCAAAGCAAAUGUCUCAAAACAAAGUUGUACUUAUUUUUACACAUUUCUAAUGAUGAGUUGUUCAACAGCUUAUUUAUCAGUAAAAUCCACACCACAAAGGAUUUAUUCACAAUGUUUUAUGCAUUUAUAUAUUGUUCACAUAGCUCAUGCUUAAUACAUAGUGAAUAAACCUUUUAGGAUCAUGGAUUUUCUUAAGCA